UCAUUUAUUACUCAUCGCUUCCAGUUCCAGUUCAACAAAAAUUCGCUUGCGAAUAAAUUGCGAAAAGCAGAAAUUGUUUAUGUGGGAAUCGGUAGCAACGGCGGAAGCGAAAACGACAACAAGAGCGCUAGUGAAUGAAGUGAACGUGAAUUCGAAACCGCUCUCCCACUCUCUCGCGCACCAGCACCAGUGUAGGUUUGCGAGUGUGUGUGCAAGGCCUGGAACUGGGGAUUGCAAAUCGCGGAUCGCACAUUCCCCCGCCCUUGGGACGCCUGGAACACCUGGAACGCCUGCUGGAAGAAGAGACUACCAGAAACAGGACGCCCUGAACACAGCUGCCAACUGAAGCGGGUCUUCAGUCGCCGGAAGUUGUACAGUCCCACUGAAACCAGGUAAAAACCCACCCACCAGCCACAGCCACCAGGAGUCGUCCAGCCACCUUACUGCUGCUGCUGCUGACCACCUGGAUGCCCGGCUUCCACCUCAAUGAGAUGGGUGAAAUGGUCCUGGACGCCAUCGACGACAUCGGGGUGGUCGAUGUGUACGACCUGGCAUCGGACAUCGGCAAGGAGUACGAGCGCAUCAUGGACCGCUUUGGCACGGACGCCGUCAGCGGGCUGAUGCCCAAGAUCAUCAACACGCUGGAGCUGCUGGAGGCGCUGGCCACGAAGAAUGAACGCGAGAACGCCACCAUCCAGGAGCUGCGCGACAAGGUGGCCCAGCUGGAGAGCGAGAAGCUGGAAAAGGCCGAGUUCCGGCGCCGCUUCGACAAGGAGCUGGAGCUGAUCGAGGAGCAGUGGCGCAGCGAGACCAACGAGCUGGUCGACCUCGUCUCCUCGCUGCAGGACGAGAACAAGCGGCUGGUCAAGCAGACGCAGGACCUGCAGUCCUCCUCCGCCCAGAGCUCCGGGCUGGGGGCCAGUCUCACCGAGAGCAUCAUCAGCAUGACCAACCACGAUCUGCACGGCGCCCUUUCGGACACCCAGGUGCUGCAGCGGCUCAAGGAGCAGAUCUACAAGCAGCGGGACGAGCUUAAGAACCGCGAGCGGGAGCUACAGGACAAGUACAGCGAGCUGGAGCACCUCACCAUCCAGGCGGAGCGUCUGAAGGCCUCCGAGCGGGACACGCGGCGCCGUCACAAGCUGAUGCAGGCCCAGGUGAAGACGCUUUGCGAGGAGCGCGCCGACUUUCUGGCCCAGCUGCAGGACCAGAGCCGGGACAUCAAUCAGCUGCGCAAGCGCCUGGGACUGGCCGAAAAAGAGAACGAGGAUUUGGUGGCCUCCUACGACGAUGGCCAGAACGAUCCCAAUCGGCCGCGGUACACUACGCGCGAGCUCAAGGAGCUGAUCAGCGAGCGCGACCAGCUGCUGACCACCAUCGACGGCCUCACUGAGCAGCUGGCGGAGCUGAAGCCGCCCAGGCAGGCCAAGGGUAAGCGACAACGCCACUUUUCCAGCUCCGACGAAAGCGACGAGGAGAACGAUGGCCAUUUGGCGGACAACGACGACGUUGAGGAGGAGGCGGCGGCCGAAGCAAACGAACUGGAGCCACCAGCAGCCGGAGAGACGCCGCCUGGUCACGAUGCGCCCGUGCAGGGACCGCUGCCCUACGAGCCGGACGAUGCGCCAUGGAAAAAGACUUCCGAGUCGGGAAUCCGCAAGUUUUUCCGUAAACUCUUCUCGGACCCCUCGGACGGAAACAACACAUUCCCGAAGCGUUCGCUGGCCACGCUCUCCAAAAUGGCACUUCAAGCCACGCCCGGUUCCGUGGCCGCCUCCACAGCGGCGAAUUUAGGCAACUGCCUCUAUCUGACCCUUUCUCUCGCCAUUCACCUGCUCCGCCUGAGCUGUACAUACAUAAUUUACACACUUGAUUGCUGUGCACUCUUAAUUCUAAGUUGUUAUGCGAUUUUAUUUACGUAAUAAGCGUUUCUUUGUAACUCGUAACUCGUAACCCGUAAACCUUAACCGAAUUGGAUAAUAUGCAAGUGUUCCAAUGAACAAGAACAAGAAAUGUGCAAAGAUUGCCGAGUGAGUUUUUUAUGAAUUAAGACAAACGGGAAAGAAAUCAAAAGUAACAAAUGAAAGCAAAUGUAGGAGGACUCCGUUUCUGGGACUCCAGAUUUUAGAGAGUGCACGAAGAAUGAGAAGGUUUUGCUUCAAUUAUCCGUAGUCUAACUAUCCCCGAUCCCCACUCUAUCUCUCUUGAACCCGGCUAGCACUAUCCCAAUUGAAUAUACAUCUGUCGGAAGGUAUUCAAGCAUUCUCAUAGCAGUUGCCCCAUGCGGCCUUAUAUAUAUAUUACAAAUUUAUCAAUUAACGCAAACUUUAGAAAGAGAAAAUCAAAACAAAAAAAAAACGGUAAAUAUAUAAUUGAUAUAUAAUUAGCAAACGUUACAAACUUAGCGCAUUGUUUGUUGAAUUGAAUUAAACUAACUAAAACGAAGCAUGUUAGAUUCCAUUGAUCGCAUUAGUGUGCACAAAGAUGCCAAAAAAAAACGAAAAUCUCCAAGUAAUCCGAUUGUCGACCAGUCUUAAACGAAUGUUUUACCAACUAGCUUUACCAUGUACAUGGCUUGACCAGCUUUCUCCAUUUGUUGUUUUAAAACCAGUGUGAAUUUAAAUCGUAAUCCAAUAUACUUUAAAGCCCAGUGCUUUCAGUCGAAAGCCUAGAGAAGUCUUUUUUUCUAAUUCAUUAUAAACCAAUAUAAAGCUUGUGCCGAAAUAAGUUUGUGUUAAUUGCCACAAGGGCGCUACAUAUUUUUAGAAAAUUCGGCAAAAAACUUAAAAUUUCAAAAUGGGAUGACUUCAUUCAUGUUCGAGGUUCAAUCUUCGCUUGACUUACUAAUUAACACUCUGUUCCCUUUGCACUCACAAAGCUCAAACGAGGAAACUCCAGUUACAUAUCAGCUUUAUCAAUAGCAUUGAUUUAAAUGUGCCAAAGACUAAUUGUUCGGACCUAUUAACCCGACCCUCAACCUGUCCAUUCCCCUGCACCCCAUCUCAAACAAUUUAUGUAUCUCGUUUCAAUUACAACAAAUUGUGGCAACUGAACUUUUAUAAAUUUGAGCGUAACUGUUUCGAAGUGAAAAUGGACUAACAAAAGAAUAUUGAGAUCGUUAAAAUGACCACUAAGCAAAAGAGGAUGGUGGAGAUGGAGAGACAUUAAGUAUUUGGUGAAUUAAUGUUAACUAAAUUUAUAUACACAUAUACACAUGCAUUAUACAUAAUAUACUUUACUAUAUACUAUAUAAUAAUAAUUUAUUAUACGGAACUAUGACUAACCAAAAAGACGGCAACAAUUAUACAAAAUUAAAUGCGUACCAGGGUGUCACUAGGAGCAAAUCGGGAGCGACCGGAGCACGCUUGAGGAUCGGAGUGAAACGAAGAUGGCAACGACUCCACAUCUGCUCGACCUUCGACCCCUGUACCUACAUACAUACAAUUUAUAAGUGGCUCUCCGUGAGCUACCGUCAAGAAUAAAAAUUUUAAACCAUUGA